UGGCAGAGUUGAACGUUAAACCACAAACAUGUUCUUGUUGGUGGAAUUCCUCAGCACUAGCCGAAGGAAAAGCAGAAGAUCCCGGGCUUUGUUCGUAUGUUUGGACUGAGUUUGUAAUUGAGUAGUGAAACAAACUGCUGACUCACCGUGUCUCCCGCUGUUCUGUCAUGUUUAACACUCGUUGAGCAAGAGUUGUUGAGAAGAGGACGGUGGAAAAAGAGGGAGAAAGUCUUGAUGGAAAGGAGGGGACGUAGGAAGAUGAGCGGGGGGAGCAAAGGAAGGAGCUGAGCAAUGUGGCAAAACUCUUCCCUGCUACGCUUGUGUUUGUGUCGCAGUUAAAGUGUUUUCUGCUGCUUCCACCAAUGCAGAGAUGGAGGGAGAGAAGGAGAGACGGAGGCAGCAGCGGGAGGAAAAAGAGAGUAAUGAGGCGGAGGACGACAGGAGAAGUGAUGAAGACACAGACACCAAAGAGGAUGAGGAUGAAGAUACAGAGGGUGCAGCGCUGGUCUGGCAGGAAGGCUACGGUGAAGACAAUUUGGGCCUUCCCAUCAUGCACUGGGAAGCGCUGAGUCUGCGCAUUGCUGAGCUGGAGAAGCAAGAAGAGGAGAAAAAGGAGAAAAGGGCAAAGAGUGGAAUCUCUCUGGAAAGAGGCAGAACUCCAGUUAGCUGGACAGAAGAGAGAGGCAGGAGAGCAGAGAGCUGGGAGGACGGAGACGAUGCAUGCAACAGCCACGUGCUGGCACUCACUUCCCGCCUGCAGACCCAGAUGAAUCUUCAGCUUUGCUUCAUCAACAACAGUGAAAGUGAAGAUGAAGAGGAGGAGGAGGAGGAGGAGAAGGAAGAUCUUAGCAAGAAGAGCUCCAGUUCAUGGUUAAAGAGAGGAACAGUCCAGGUCCAGAAGAAUCCUCCGCCUGCUUCGAAGCCAGAGAAACCCAAGUCCCGUGGCUUCAGGAACACACUGAGGAGCCUGCGUGACAGACUGAGAACAGACCACAAAACAGUGACGGCAGCUCGUAGCGCUCCUGCGAUUCAGAGGAGACAUUUGGAGCGCAGUGAUCUCCAGAGCUUCAGCAUCAAGGAGCUGAAUGAUCUUUGUUCGUCUCUCAGUCAGACCAUACAAGAGCUGAGCUCAGAGCUCGUGGGCAGCCUCCAGGUGCGAGACCAGCUGAGGACCGAGCAGGACGCCAUGCUGUUGGAGGUCCAGGAUCUGACAUCACUGUGAGCCAUCAGCAGAAGUCCCAUCUGUCCAACAGUGACAGCGAGUUAUGUCGCAUUAGAACGCUUGAACACGUAUCCCGGUGAAUGAACGCUGUUGUGAGCACGACAGGGCCACACUGGUCCUCACAAACAUGUCAAUUUGACCAAAGUCUUAGAGUGUCCUGCCCAGUCACUGUGAAGACCUGAAAGAACUUGGAUGUUCAGUUGCACACUUGUUUUGUUUGUUUCUUUUUCUUCCUUUUAUUGUCAUAACUUUAUAUGUUUUCAAAGGGAAAUUUCGUCUCAAUAAAAGACAUAGUUUUAAAAUGAACAUGUGACAAAACCAUGACAAAGCAUCAUGGCAGAGGAAUACUGCCGGUAAGUUGAACUGAACUGGACACAGUCUUUUGCAGUUGCAGUAUUUCCCACGUGAUGGCUAUAGCAGCCAUUUCAUUCAUGUGCUUCAUCUACAACACAGCCUCACACAGACACUUCGUUUCCACAGAGAUCGAUGUUCUUAUGCAAUUCCACUGUGAGCGGAUUCAUUGCUUGCAACAAUACCCUAUUUUUUGGUCUUGAAAUUUGGUGCGUUCCAUUGUGUUGAUCAGUAUUUACCAAACCUGGAAAUAAUGAUGUUCUCAAAUGUCUUGUUUAGUCGACAAAAACAUCGAUCAGUCUCAAUAAUUUAUUUGUUACAUGGAGCAAAGAAACCAGAUAAUGUUCACAUUUUAGAAGCUGAAAACCUUAUAUCAUAUCAUUCUUAUUUGAUAUUCUACAAAACCAGGCUACAAAAAAGUGAACAUCAUGGCUUUAAGUGCAUGUACAUCCAUAUUCAUACAGUAUUGCUUUCCCACGCAUUGACCAAGUCCGAAAAUGACUGUAACUGUAAAAUUGCUGUAACAUGUAGAAUCUUAGUCGUUGGCUAAUGAAUGGAGAGAAUAGGAGACUGUACACGUAUGCCGAUGACAUUGACGUUUCCUUUUUGACACUUAAAUGAGGUGAAUAAAAUGCCACUGUAUUUUACAGGGACAAUUAGGGGAUUUUUAAAUUGUGGUUGUGUGAGUUACCGACACAUAAUCAGCACCUUAGGGCACGUUUCCACUAGCUUGACUUUACUCGCCUACUGGUACGUGGUACUGUUUUUUUAGUACCUGCCCUGGCGAGGUUCCAAGCGAGCUGAGGUGACACUUUGCGCGAUGUCGCCAGACUGCCGGCCACUGAUUGGUCAGAGUGCCGUCACAGGAAGAGGCAUGAGCAAGACGUCCGACACAACAAUCAAGCCGAACAAUGCAGAACUGUAGAUGAGUUAAAAAGACUUAACAAUCCUAAAACAGUGACUGUCUUAGACGGAGUACUGAACAAGUAUGUUUAAUUAACUGAUUCUAAUGAUUCAGUUACACUGAAAACAACUGCUUUACAAGUCACUUGUUUGUGUGUCUACCCAAACCGUGCUGUGCUGAGGCGAGGCGAGCUGGGACCAUAGGUGGAACAGGGCCUUGAGAAAAGAAUCUGGAUCCUCCCUUUAAAUUCCAGUUUAAAGGGAGUUAUGAAAAGCUGCUUAUUUUGUCAACUGAACAAUCUGUCUAGUGUAGUGUAUGUUGUUUUUUGUAUACAUGCAUGUUUGUAGGUGUAUUGGGGUGUAUUUGUGCUCUUAUGUACCAGAAAUGUAGCAGUUGUUUUUCUAUUUUAACAGUCUUAUUACAAGUUUACACUUAACAGACACUACAUAAACACAAUGUUUACUUGACUCCGUCUCACUCAUCACAAAGUGCCUGAACUCUACCAGUUGUUAUGUUUGUGUGUUUGCUGUUAAAGCUGCCGUCAGUGAUCUGUUCUUAUGGCUAACUUCUGCGCCGUUGAUGCUGCCUAGUGUUCCUUUCCUCCAUGCAUCACCUCUUGAACACUAAUGGAGCUUUAUUUAAGUGCUUUGUAUGCAGUGCUGAUGUCACUGUGUGCACUUAGAACAAGCCUGAGAGAAAUCAUGGCUUUUAGCCACAAGGCUUACUUGUUCAAAUCUAUGCUAGUCUAAGUCCACAAUAUGUCAACAAUUGGUCUGAUGAUUUAUCUCAUUGCUAAACGACCUUUGCUAACUGGAAACUUGCUGUUUGUGGCACUUUUUAAACCAUUCACGUUCCCCACACCCAAGCCCAUAGAGAAAAUCAGUCAUUUUUACAUUAUAGCAGACAUGAGUUGCUGACUCACUUCAGUAAGUGCAAAUGUGUUGUUCUGGGAAUUCAGUGUUCAACAUCUUACCUUACUUGGGAUUUACCUCAGUGACACAAACUUACCGAACAAGGCAGCAGCACAUCAGUAGUUAUUGUGUCCCUGUGAGAUAAAAACAGAUAUUUUUUCAAUGAAGUUUGGUGCUUAAGAGUGAGUGACGCAAACGUCAGUUUCCUGUCAACAAAAACAACCCCUGUUAUUUCAGGUGUUUCAGCUGGCAGCCAUGUUUUCACCCAGCCUCACUUCUCUUGCUUCUUCCACCUGUAUUUAAGACACUGCCUCUUACAACUGGACGACGUCAAAAAAAACAGCACCGUCCCUUUAAAUUCCAGUAGAAAGGGACUUAUGAAAAGCUGCUAAUUUUGCCAACUGAACAAUCUUUUUUCUGCUAGUGUAGUUGUGUUCUUUUUUGUAUACAUGCAGGUUUUUAGGUGUAGUUAGGUGUAUUUGUCAUUUUUUUUGUCUCAAUAGUUUGAUUCUUUUCAUUUAACUUGACUCGGUCUCGCUCAUGUUAAGUCAGUGUGUAAGUCAGGUAUCAAACAAAGCACCAGAUAUCGGUAUUAUAUACAUCAGGUAUUAUCGCUAACACGUCGCUGACAGCUAUCAUUGAUGCUGUGGUCACGGACAGUUAACUGUGGUUUACAGUGAUUUAGGGUCUGUAAACAGAAAUAAUGGGACUCAUUUAAUCUGACUAAUGGGAUUAUUUUUAAAUUAGUUAAUAUCACACCCUAUAGACAAAUAUAAGGAAAACACUUUCAGGCAUGAAUUUUAGUCUUGCAUUAAAAUUGUAUUAGGAUAUAAUGGUGUGGUGAUCAGAUUGCACUGAAAAAUGGAAAAUGUCUUCUUGUUUUUUGUUUACAUGAGAUUUUUUUUACAUUUAUCAGAAUGAUAUCAUUGUUCAGAAAUGUACAGUGUGUAAAAAUGAGCAACAUUAAAUGAAGUUUCAUGUUGCAGAUGUA